AUGGCCGCAAAGAUUCUGUUUCCACAGUUUAUCGUUCUUGCUGCAUUAGUGGCGGCUGCGAGUGCCGGGGGCGUCAACGGAGGAGCCGGGGCUGGUGAUGACUUCAGUUUCUCAUACGGAGUCAAAGAUCCCAACACCGGUGACGUGAAGGAUCAGCAUGAGAAACGCGUCGGCGGCAGCGUCGUCGGAACAUACUCUCUCUUAGAAUCCGAUGGUACCAAGCGUGUUGUGGAAUACACCGCUGACCCUCACUCUGGAUUCAACGCUGUCGUCCGCAAGGAAGGUCUCGCCACCCAUCCUCCGUCCCCUUUGCAGCCCGGUGCUCGCGCUUUAGCUGGACCCGCUGGAUACGCUCCUGGAUCUCCUCUAGCCCACCCUGGAGCGUAUGGUCCUCACGCCAAUCCUUUGGCUUACGGAGGCCUUGCAAACCCUCUUGCGUACGGACCCCACGCCAACCCUCUCGCGUUUGGAGCUGCAAACCCGUUGGCCUACGGAGCCCAUGCUCGUGGAUAUGCUGGCGCUCUCGCUAACCCCUUGGCUGCUGGUGCUUACGGUGGACUUGCCGGUCCCUUGGCCCAUGGAGCGUACCCUGGCCAUGCUGGCUAUGGCGCAUUCGGUGCAGCUGGCUAUGGUGCUCCUGGAGCGUACGGCGCGUACGGACCCCACGCCACGUUUGGACAUCAUGGUGCUUUAGGGCCUCUGGCUGGUUCCUUGGGUCAUGGCCCAUUGGCUGGACCUCUAGCCCAUGGCGCCCUUGCACCCAACGGUCUCGCUCAAGGUGCUCGCUGGUAGUUAUCUAUUUAUUUAUUUGUUAUCGACUUGAAACGACGACUGUGUUUUCUUUUUGUAAUAAAAUAAAAUAAUUUACAAUUCAAUUCUAUGCAUUUAUUAUUAUUUUUUGAUUUUACACUUCUUGGAAAAUUUCUUACCACUCAUGGAGUAGGUACCAAUCGUUGAAAAAUUUGUAAAAGAGUGCAGUAGUCAUACAGAUUAAACCAGUGUAGUGGUCAAACAGUGAUUUUUUGAUAGUACAAUUUUAGACUAAGUAGAUCAUUUAAAUAAUACUUUUCAAAUUUUACUUCUAUCAUUAACUUAUUAUUAUAAACUUCACUUUCUUUGAUUUUUUUGAGUCGAUUCGCUGAAUGAUAGCAAACUGAAAAAAUCCAGAGCAAACAAAUUCAUCAAAAACAACAUUGCCUAUAAUUAAGUAAUUGUUGCUACGCUUACACUUACUUCGUGAAAAUCCAGUUUUAAAUGUUUCUGAAUUUAUUAAUUGCAUUAUUAUCUCGUUAUUGAUUUGCUGAUUAUUAUUUUAAUUUGAUUUGUUAAUUUGUAAAAAAAUAUAUCAGCGUUUAUUUAUCUAUUACCUACUCAAAUUGCUGAUAACGAGGUAGUUUUUUUCUUGUAAAUUGUUGUAUUAUAAAGCCACGUACCUAUCAACAUUGCGAGGCUGGCUCGCGCCUCUUGGUAUGAAGACGCAUUUGCCUCUCAGUAUUUCAUUUUUAAAGAAAAUUAUU